AUGGCCCCCACAACAACUCCAGAGAUCCAGAGGGCCAACUUGGGGUGGACUGUUCUUAAUAUGAAGGCAAUGGGAAUUAAUGACCUGUUGACAUUUAACUUCAUGGACCCACCAGCAUCUCAAGCACUUGUGUCAGCUAUGGAACAAUUGUACAGUCUUGGUGCCUUAGAUGAAGAGGGCCUUCUUACCAGGCUAGGGAGAAAGAUGGCUGAAUUUCCACAAGAGCCACCUCUUUCAAAGAUGCUCCUUGCUAGUGUAGACCUUGGAUGCAGCGAUGAAAUACUGACGAUCAUUGCAAUGAUUCAAACUGGAAACAUAUUCUAUCGGCCAAGACAAGCUCAAGCAGAUCCGAAGAGAUCAAACUUUUUCCAGCCAGAAGGUGAUCAUCUCACCCUUCUCACUGUGUAUGAGGCAUGGAAGGCAAAAGGAUUUUCAGGACCAUGGUGCUUUGAGAAUUUUGUCCAGAUAAACUCAUUAAGAAGGGCACAGGAUGUGCGGAAACAACUUCUUGAGAUCAUGGAUAAGUAUAAGCUUGAUGUUGCCUCAGCUGGGAACAAUCACACCAAGAUAGGGAAAGCCCUUGCCGCUGGAUUCUUCUUCCAUGCUGCAAGGAAGGAUCCCAGUGGAGGAUACCGGACCCUUGCUGAUCAUCAGCAUGUGUAUAUCCACCCAAGCAGUGCCCUCUUUCAUCAGCAGCCUCGGUGGGUAAUCUACCAUGAAAUCGUCAUGACGACAAAGGAGUACAUGAGGGAAGUCACAGCCGUUGACCCAAGAUGGCUAGUAGAGUUGGCACCAAGGUUCUACAGAUCGGUGGACCCGACAAGGAUCACUAAGCGGAAGCGCCAAGAGAGGAUCGAACCCCUGUAUGAUAGACACAGUGAACCGAACUCGUGGCGUUUAAGCAAGCGCCGUUGGUAA